CUCUCUCAAAAACAUACACACCGCCCCACCUUGCUUCCGCAUUCUUUGCAGCCAUUGAUUGAAGAGAAGAGAAAUAGAAACACCACGCCGCCGACAGAAUGACCAUGGAUGCCACGGACCGAACGCCGGACGAGGAACACAGCGAAAGCAGCGACACGACCACGAAACCUGCUGGCGUCGUAUUGGCGAUCGACGUCGGCAGCAGCAGCGUGCGAUGCACCGCCUACGACUGCCUCGCGACAACUCACAGGAGGGGCCACGAAACGGUCGCCACGGUUCCCAUUCCCGGUUGCUUCGCCUCGAUCCAGAGACCGGGAGUGGAGCCUCUUUCGGGUGCCGUCCGAACGAUCGAUUUGAUGGACGCCAUCGACGGCUCCGUCGACGAGGUCUUGACGAAACUCGGGAAACACUUCGAGGGCCGGAAGAGGGGCUUCCGGGUGGAAGCCGUUGGGUUUUCUACCUUUGUGAUGAAUCUGGUAGCAGUCGAUGCGAACGGGAAGCUCGUCACAUUCGGCGACGGCGACGACCAAAAGGGUGACUCAAACAGUAACGAGGACGCCGAGGCGGUUCACCACGGGACUCCAUCGACCACCGUAAGCAUAAGCUACGCGUGCAAUGCUACAAGAGUCAACGAGGAAUGCCGGCGGCUGCGGCGAGACCUCGGGCAAGAAGCCGUCGACAAAUUGUACGAAGGCACCGGGGCUCCCCUUCACUCGGCCUAUGCCCUUCCCCAGUUGCGCGUUCUGUACAAUAGUCUCUGUCCGGAGAGAAAACGAAAGAUCCACAGCUGGCAAAGCGUGGCGGGGKAUUGCUUAUCGCAAUGGAUCGGAACCCCACACCUCCCGGUGUCGUACUCGGAAGCCUCCUGGACCGGCUUGCUGAACGUGUCCGAUUGCACCUACGACGAAUCCGCGGUGGGGUUGUUGCCCCCGGAAUGCCGCCGGGCCCUGCCGCAGCUGGCCGACUUUACGGACGGUUUGUGCGGGCUGCCCCGGCUCGUUCGCGGACGCAGCGAGGGCACCGGGAAUCCCUACUGGGAGAAAUGGCCGGAUCUGCGGGACGCGAGGUUCUUUCUGGGAAUCGGGGAUGGUGCCUGCGCCAAUGUCGGAAGCAAGUGCACGGGUUCCUCCCGUUUCGCGGUGACGAUCGGAACGUCGGCCGCUGCCCGGGUGUGCCUGCGGAGGGAAGCCGGCGGGGGGCCGGCGUUCUUUUCGAUCCCCGAGUGCCGCGGCCUGUUUUGCUACCGCGUCGAUCGGCACCACGUCUUGAUCGGGGGGGCGCUGACCGACGGUGGGUCCGUCGUGGAGUGGGCGUCAAGGUUCCUGAACCUGGACCCGCGCGCCUUUCGGGAGUGUCUCGGGGAAGCCAGGGCCCUGGUCGAGGCCGAGUGCGAGCGCGAGGCCCGGUCGGCCGGAAGGCACCGGGAGCAAGGGGAUCUUUUCGUGGCGCCCUUUCUGGGCGGCGAGCGGAGCACGGGCUAUCGCGAUGGCGCGACGGGAGCGGUCCUCGGCCUGACGCGGGAAACCACCCCGGCACACUUUUUGAAGGCAUCCCUGGAGGGCGUCUCGCUCCGGCUCAAGGCGGUCCUGGACCUCUUGCUCCGGCUGGUCCGCGAGGGUCCCGCCGGGCCCUUGGGAAUCGCAGGAGAUCCCGUCAUCGUGGCCAGCGGAAGGGCCAUGGAGGCCAACCACCUCUGGCGGCAGAUGGUCUCCGAUGCCAGCGGUCUUUCCGUCGUCCUGGACGAGGACGCGGCCGAGGGAACGAGCCGCGGCCUGGCCCGAUUGGUCGCGCUUUCGCUCCAGCGGGACGCGGGCUCGGAGGAAACACCGCUCCCGGUGUCGGAGCACGAGGAGGACCUGAACCCCUACCUGACCUCCAGGCCGACGCCGGCCGCAACCGCCCUGUACGCACGCAAGUUCCGGGCGCAAGAGGUCUUUAUCGAUUGCGUAUCUCCGUUGUUUUCUUCGGCGUAAAAAACUGCAUCCCGAGUGGAAUUGCCGUGUUGUACCUCUUUGUUCCGAUCGGCAGGCGGAAUCGACUCCUGGAUUUGCAAUUCGAAACAAUAUGGUUUCCAUUUUGGCACAAUUCUAGAGGGGAAAUCAUGUAGUUCAUUGGAAAGUAGCGAAGCGUCAAGUCGUAAAUUGAAACAUUUUCAGUGU